CUGUUUAAAUGUUGAUUAAUAUUAACUCACGAUUUUAUCAAACAAGAUUACAACAUUAUCAAUUAAUAACGCUCUAUAUUUAUCUUUCGCCAUUAUUAACAAAAAGUAUACUAUCACUUAUAGCUAAUAAUUUCUUGAUUUAUGACCCCCGCAGCGAGGCAAUGAAAAUGUCGAAAUUACCCGCGAUAUUUACGACGUCUAGCUGUUACAUAUCAAAACAUACAGUGUCGAAACUCUAAACAUAUCCAAAUCACUAGGUUGAGUGAUUGAUCAUCAAAAAAAUACGGUUGUGCGGACCAGAGUUUGGUGACGAAUUAGUAUAGUGAAGUGCUGAAUUUGGUGAAGUGAGUGAGAUGUUUUUAAGUGAAAACGCCUAAGAUGUUAUUGAGUGGAGAUAGCGUGUGAUGUAAUGAUGCGUCGAGGUAAAGCGCUGCUUGAAGGCAGCAGGCAGGGCUCGGUCGACGGCGGGAGUAGUGUCAGUGACAAGGAGCUGGUUCAUAAGUGCCACAGCGAUCCAGGCGGGGGCAGAGCCCUAGGGGCAGCACCUAGGGCAGUCAGGCAUCGAUCCGCGUCGGGCGCGGCGAGGAAAUGCGUCCUGACGCUCGAUGGAUACUCGUAUGUCAUUGAACAAGGUGGCCUCACGAUAGUGCGGCGCUCCUCAAGCCGCCACAAGAGCGAAAGCUGCCCCACGCCCACUGACGAACAAUUAGACCAGAUCAGUCUGGACACUGAGCACUUGCCCGCCGUCGACACGCCUGACGCAUGCGACAAGGCCGCACUUAGAUUACGCUAUCUCCUUAGACAAUUAAAUAGAGGCGAAAUAUCAGCAGAAACACUACAAAAAAACCUACAGUAUGCGGCCAGAGUGCUCGAAGCUGUGUACAUAGAUGAAACCAAGAGAUUGGCGGACGAAGAUGAUGAGCUGUCGGAGGUGCAGCCGGACGCCGUGCCGCCGGAGGUGCGGGAGUGGCUGGCGUCGACGUUCACGCGGCAGCUGGCGACGGCCAAACGGAAGUCUGAUGAGAAGCCCAAGUUUCGGUCGGUGGCGCACGCGAUUCGCGCCGGGAUAUUCGUGGACAGGAUAUACAGGCGGGUGACGAGCACAGCGCUUAUGCAGUUCCCACAAGACGUCGUAAGAGUGCUGAAGACGCUGGACGAGUGGUCAUUCGACGUGUUCGCGCUGUUCGAGGCGGCCGCGGGCGCGCCGCUCAAGUACCUGGGCUACGAGCUGCUCAACCGAUACGGGAUGAUACACAAGUUUAAAGUCCCUCCAACGAUUCUAGAAAGCUUCCUCAGCAGGAUAGAAGAGGGCUACUGCAAGUUCAACAACCCCUACCACAACAACUUACAUGCAGCAGAUGUCGCCCAAACCGUGCACUACAUGCUAUGCCAGACGGGACUUAUGAACUGGCUAUCAGAUUUAGAAAUCUUCGCCACGCUGGUGGCGGCGGUGAUCCACGACUUCGAGCACACCGGCACCACGAACAACUUCCACGUGAUGUCCGGCUCCGAUACGGCGUUGCUUUACAACGACCGCGCCGUGCUCGAGAACCACCACAUCAGCGCCGCCUUCAGGCUAAUAAAAGACGAGGAAUGCAACAUCCUUCAGAACCUGUCCCGCGACGAGUUUCGCGAGUUCCGCACCCUCGUCAUCGACAUGGUGCUGGCAACCGACAUGAGCUUCCACUUCCAGCAGCUGAAGAAUAUGCGCUCAUUACUGACGCUGGCCGAGCCUACGGUGGACAAGUCGAAGGCUGCAUCGCUGGUGUUGCAUUGCUGUGAUAUUUCGCAUCCUGCCAAGAGAUGGGACCUCCACCACCGGUGGACGAUGAGCCUCCUCGAUGAGUUCUUCCUCCAAGGCGACAAGGAACGCGAACUAGGGCUGCCUUUCAGCCCCCUUUGCGACCGGAACAACACAUUGGUCGCGGAAUCCCAAAUCGGCUUCAUAGAAUUUAUUGUAGAGCCCAGCAUGGGGGUGUGUGCUGAUAUGUUGGAGUGCAUUCUUGGGCCUCUGCACUCUAGCAGCAAAACUGGCACUAGUCAAGAACCGAUUAGUGAAGAUGCUCCGGGGAAAAUCGUUAACGAGACCAGCACAAAGUUCAAGAUCCGAAAGCCGUGGGUCACCUGCCUUAGUGACAACAAGAAAAUCUGGAAGGAGCAAGCUGCUAAAGAUGCAGAGGCCCGAGCCAAAGCCGAAGAAGAAGCCAACAACCCCCCAGCUCCUGCGCCGACAGAAGAAUAAUAUUUAGCCACAUUUGUAAAUAGCGUUAAAUCUAACUGUUACAACAUGUUCUCUUCGCUCUUGAAGAAAACUUAAAUUUCCGUUGUUUGUGUGUAAAAAUGCUUGCAGUAAUUAAACGUCGCUGCGUUCGAAAUUUAAAUAAAUAUCCUGGCAACAUUCGCUUCUUUUGCGUUUGCGAGCUGCGUUUUUUGCAUUUAAAAAACUAAGCCUGCCGUUGUAGUAUGGUCACAUUUUUAUUGCCUGUCGCGGUCGAACAAGUAUGUAAGUGCGAAAGUGACAAGCAUAGUGACAGGUGAUAAAAAAAAAUCCAUGCUACCGCAACGCAUGUGUCCGCAACAGAGCACCUUGAAAACAUCAACGUAUCUCUUUCCAAUUUCCACGAAGUGACUGAUACCUCGUACUACUGAAAAAAGCGCCAAAUUCAGAAAAUGCACGUUUUAUCGGCGUACCACGCCUAUAUUAUUAACUCAGCACUAGUGAUACGGUUUGUUGGCCAAACUGUAAAAACUACAAAAUAUAAUAAUGCCGCCAACAUAACAGCAACGGAUAUUUAUUUAUAAUUCGAAUUCUAUAUGUUAACGUGUUUCGUUACGCACAAAUUUUGAAUUGAAAGCACAAUGUGAAAAGCCUGAGUGUACAUUCAAUUUGGAAGACACCAUAGUGAGCCAAAUUCGAUACGGCGGGCCGAAUGGCGCUAGCCAGUAGUUUAUAAAUUCAUUAUUAAUUAUUCGCGGUUAAGAUUUUCUUUAGGUUUAGCCUGACGAAUGGAUUCUGAAUUUUCCCAAUGUCAAGUGCCCAUUGUGACUUGGUAGUGUUUCUAAUACUUCUAUGGUAACGGUCCUUCAAUACAUGAAUCGGUACCAAUAAAUAACAAACUAGUAGGUAAUGAUGGUUAUUAUUCCUCUGCACUGGGUGACCAUAAUAACAGAAAAACUCCCGCACCUCCCGCCAAAGGAGCAGGGCUCAUCCUCACUUCAAGAAUACACACACACCACCAAUAAGCGGGCAUCUCGCUUGUUUCUUCUUAGAACGUGUAUAAUGUGGAAUGACUUGCCUCCUGUGGUAUUUCCUUUGCGCUACAACAUGGGAUUCUUCAAUUUAGCCUGUCAAUGUAAUUGUCAUUUUACUCGUAGCUAAGCUAGGCCUGGAAAUUCUAGUUUACCAUUAAAGAGUCGGUAACGCGCUCAUAACAUUGACGCUCAUUGUCGAAGAAAUCGCGACACGGAAAUGGAUAGGACAUGCUAUUCGAAGACGGGAAACGAAUAACGCUACCAUAGCUUUCGGUUGGAAACCGCCGGACGGAAACCGUGGCUCCGGGCGCCCUGUACACUCUUGGCAAUGGUCCGUCCUAAGAGAGCUACGAGCGGUCGGGUUGAGCUGGAGCGAGGCCAGAAGGCGAGCUGAAGAUAGGAAGGCAUGGCGCGAGAUUGUGAAGGCCCUUUGCACCUCUGAGGUGCUUUAGGACAUCAACAACAACAACAACAACAACGCGCUCAUCUGGGUGUUAACGCUCUGAUGUAGUGAACGAAACGCAACUGUCACUGUCGCACUGAUAUGGAAGUGGAAUGGUAGAAAGAGAUGACUACGCUUACGUUACGGAGCUUUAAUGAUGGCACGUUGGUUAAGCACCCUGGAGCUGCAUGCCUCCAUAGCAUAAUAUCUAUACGGUGUCCGCUUAUUAUCUGGAGAACCGUGGGUUUAUUUGCCACCGCCUCGGUGUAAACUAAGCAUAUUAUCCUAAUAUGUUUUUAUCUAAUUUUGCAUAAACGAACCAUUAUGAUCGAUCGAAAACAAUGCUAUUAGGGAUUAAGUAUGUUAGUUUGAAGGGAACUACUUACCCCUUUAUGUAAUUUCGAAUAUCUUACCUGCUUUGUUCCAAUGAGUACUUGACAAUAUAAAAUUAUUUCGUUCAAUUUAUUAAUUUAUAUGGUACGCCAAUAGAAUAAUUUCUAUGUUCAUUAAUAAUGAUUGUACAGUAGUCAUAGCUAAAUGUUUAACGGACUGAUCGUGCUGAAAUGAUAUCCAAUAAAACAAUCGAGAGUAAUCCCCUAAAUAGUUAUCAUUACGCUAGCUCCACACUCAAAGCGCGAACUGCGACUGGAAGCUGCGAACAGGGGAGUAAUAAAAAAAUGCCAAUAAUAUACGAACCUGCUGUGCCAUAUACUGUCACGGACUUUAAUUGUCGAGCCAGUUAGGGUUUACUUUACAUUGGAGAUGUCAUAGCGUUAGUAUUGACACCCAAAUUUGCUUGAAUCGUAGAUGGGUCAACAAUUACCUAAGGUUUUUUUUUUAUCUGUCUCCUGUACGGCUAUGUAUAGAUUAAACUUUCAUCAGGCGAGACAUAAAUAACAAGUCUAGUAAGCAAGCCGUUUUUACCGUGUCGUAAGUUUUUAUCGUUUGAUGUAAGUGUGUACUCAUCCUAUUAACAUUCAACUAUAAUUAUAGUCGCAGGAUAAUUGUUUACGGGGUUGUAUACAAUAAUCCCCUUGUUUCACUGGGUAUUACGGAAUGUAGCCAAAUAACGAACAGUCUCCUAUAGAUAUAAAAACACCUUCACAUUCCAACAAGUUCGAUUAGUUUCUUUGCAUUUACACAUUUUACGAUUUAAGUACAUUACAAUUUAUUAAACAUAAAAAUAGUUAGCAAUUAAUGUAUGUGUAUAAAAAAUGCUGGUAAAGGAGCAACUCAUUUCUUUUUAAAUUUUAUUGUCGCAUGUACAGACGAUAAGGUGAAAUUGUCGCAACAUUAUUAGAACUAUAGUCAUAACAAAACAUCGGAAGGUCAAAUCUAUAUUUAGGACAAGUGCAUUAAUGACCCAAUGACAUUUGGUCAGUGCCCUAAGAUAAGGACUGAAUAAAUGUUUAAAUUUUAGACCUGAAAAUUAGCCUUUUGACCCGUUAUUUGUACAUUUUGCUGUCCUAAAAAUAGAUCGUUUGGCAUUACGAUGAUAAGACAUAAAUAAAUAAUGUCUAUAUAAUAUAUACUUAUUAUAAUAUAUGUAGCUUAACUAGUAUAAUCUUAUCCCAUACUAUAUGAAAAAUACGCUUAUUAAUUUUAAUGUUUCCGAUUAAAUUGGAGAAUUGAUAUUCCUGACCAAAUGUUAUUUAAAAAGAAAUCAUUUUUUUAAAUAAUAUUAACUUUCUCAAUAGAUAUUUAUAUAGGUAGAUAAUAUAUGUAGAUAGUAUAUUAUUUAGUUAAAUAAUAAUUGUCCCCGAUAGUCACAAGUUUACUAUAAAAUUCUGAUUUUCAUAUAUAAGUGUCUAUUAGACAAAUGUGUAAGUUUGAAUUGCGUUCCAGCAGUGGACCUGUGGAAUUUCUAAAACACAGCCAUUCCUAAAAAGUGAAAGGCCCUUCCACUGCCGUGACUAGCUUGUCCCUUUCCUUACUGAGAAAUAAAAUGUGUUUAUUUGCUUAACAUUAUGUAUCUACAGAAAUAGUGCGAUAUAGGUCAUCGCACUGGGGCAACUGCAACGUUCCACUAUGGGCGCACUUGAGGCGACUGGCCGUAUGUAUGAAAAAUUUAUCGUAAUGGUUUGCGAAUCGCAUACGCAAUAAGAAAAGUUUUGAAAUGAACGUACAUAUGAAAAUCUGGAUAACAACAGUGACAUCCAGAAUCCGAUUUUGAUCAGCAUUUGAGAUCCCUUCGUAUCUAUUAGCGU